UUUGUAGAAAAUUUAUCUUAAUCUUAAAGAAAUAAUAACAUACAUUAGUUUUUAUUCUGCAAUGAGUUAAUUAUUGUAUACACUGAAUGUCAUUGAGUAAAAUGUAAGUAAAUCAAAAUACUUAGUUUUUGUCUAUCUCUGUGUAGAAUAUUGAUAAUAGUCGUAAACAAAAUAAUAUCAUACAAAGGUCUUCGGAGUCAUUGAGUACUAUGUAAGUAAAUCAGAAUACAUAAUUUUUGUCAUUUUUUUGUGUAGAACAUUAAUCAUAAUCUUCAAGAAAUAAUAAUAUACAGGUACAGUUUAUAUAUUGAAUAGACAAAAUAAAGGAUUAUUGUUUCUAGUAGUGAAUGUUAAUAAUGAAAAAAAGGAGAAAUAGAUGUCCGGUUUUUUGUUGUUGCUUGUUUACCGUCCAAUGUACAAUAGUUCAUGCAUAUUUAGAACAAAAACUACUAAUUUAAAAUUGCUUAAAUUCACAUGUACUAUUGUUUGAUUGGCAAUUAUUCCACAUCGCCUUAUUUUAUAAGCAGGAUAUGUAUUAUUAUCGUGUAUUAACUUCUAUGUCAUUGGAUCUCUGGUGGAGAGUUUUCUCAUCGGCAAUCAUACCACAUCCACUUUUUUUUGUAUGAAAGUAGGUCGACUAAGACGAAGAAUGAAGGAUGGGAAAAUUUGACAUCACUUUAAAAAGAGAGCGCGUUAGUAGUUUAGUCUCACACCAGGCAAGAUAAGAACCACUCCAUGCCGUAAGAGGCGGCCCAAAAUGUGGGUCUGAACGGGGUUAACAAAAUAGAGAAUAAUGGCCAUUAAAAAUAAAGAAUAGAGAAAACUGGACAAACGAAAUAAAGAAUAGAGAAAACUGGACAAACGAAAUAAAGAAUAGGGAAUAAUGAGAAUGCAGAGAAGACUUGCAGAUAAUAUAACAUCUGAUCAUUUAUCUUGUCCUAUAUGUAGAGACACUUUAAAAGACCCAAAAUUAUUACCAUGUGACCAUUCGAUAUGCUGUGAAUGUUUGACCCAGUUGAUAGAAUCAACGAGACGCUUUAACAAAUUCACGUGUCCUGUGGAUAGACGAGAGAUUAAAGCGUCAUCUUAUACAGUAUCAGCAGAAGAAUGGGCUAAUUCCUUUCCAACAGACGAUCUAGCUCAAUUGUUACUACAGGCUAUCUCAGAUGAUGGCAACACUCAAAUAAAACCUAAAAAUGGAAUACCAUGUUCUGAACACCCUCAAAACAUUUGUGACUUUUUCUGUUUUGGAUGUUAUCAGAUUAUAUGUUCCGAAUGUGCUGUUGAGAAUCAUAGGAGUACCGACUGUGAUUGCAAAAAUUUUAAAAAAUGUAGAGAUUUGGCAAGGGAAAAAUUGAGAGAUGCAUAUGACGAAAUAGAAAAUCUAAUCAGAUACGGACAGGACAUUGUCACUAGUGAGACCGAUAAAGAUCAAUUAUUGAUGCAUUCAAGGCAGCAGAUAAGAAAUACUGUUUACAAAUUGAAGACAAUCGUUCAAGAUUUUGAGAAAAUGAUCAAUCGAAAAUGUUUAGACAUAUUGAGCAAAGUUGAUAGCGUUACAAACGUAGAACAAUUGCAGAAAAGAACGGAAGGAAUUGUCAAAAGUUUAAAACGAUUCCGUGAUGAAAUAGAAUUAUCAAAAUCCCUCACUUCAACUAAAGAUAUGUUAACCGUUUUAUCAAAAAUCCCGGAAAGUCUGCAGAAAAAUACGGAUCUGCUUUAUUCACUUCGAGUAUCAGAUAAUCCAAUUGAGCUAAAACUUGAACUUAACGAAAAGUUUCUGAAUUUGUGUGACACACUUGUUGAUCAACCGAUAGGAACGGUUCAUGUUGUUCCAGCUGAUACACUAGACUUCGAAGAUACGGAGACCACAGUAUGCAGCAAGCGAAUCAAAUAUUCAUCAGACGUUUUACCUAUUCGUGCAUUUGAACUUGAACAGUUCCUAGCGAUUCAAGUUGAACCGAGUGGAUUAGAAAAUAAAAUUACUGCAAGAUUUACAGGUUUAAUUCUUCAAGGACAUUCGAUAAUUGCCAUAGACAAUGCAAACUUGAAGGUACAAAGAUUCCGAGACACUGUCGAAAAUCAGUUCAUUGAUGAAGUUUCGAUUGCAGGUGUAUACGACAUCACCAAUAUUCAUGAAAACGAUGAUGUCUUACUUACUGCCCCUGGGAAACAAUCGCGUCUUAUCCGCUUAUCAACUUAUAAAAGUUUGAGUAUAAUUACCGAAAAAGUAACGGAAAAUGCGUACUUUAAUAUUUCUCGCUUGCCAGAUAAUGUGUAUGCAGUCAUAUGUCAUUCAAGUCCCAGUGGUGCUUCAAAAAAAAGAGUUAACUUUGAUUGGUCGCGUGGGGUAACGUCGCAUAUUGACAUCAUUGAAAUCGAUGGAAAUGUUCUUAAACAUUUUAGUGAAGCCUUUCUUUGUGAACCAACCGAAUUCGGCGAUCCCUUUAUUAUGCCUCUUAAAAGUAUAUGUUGUCUUCCAAAUGGCACUAUAGUAGUUAGCAUUCAAACUAAAACUAACAGUUUUAUUUCUUGCGUCAAUCAAAAUGGACUCGUCAAAUGGACAUAUGAUUUAAAUGACACCCCAGAAGGCGUUUGCUUUUAUGAUGGUAAAAUAUUUGUAUUCUUACGCGAAUCGAAAGUAGUGCGUGUUUUGUCGGUUGAUGGUGAUUUGAAACCAGUGUCCACCUUAAGACUUCCUAAUUACUUCGGUGACGGAAAUAGUUUAUUCGUUGGUCGAAAUCUGUUGUCUGUAAUAGAUAAAACAGAGUUAAUAAGAAUAUAUAAAUUACAAUGUUAGAAAUGAAUUAAUAUAUUAUGAUUGCGUAUUGACAUUGUGGUCCAGCUAAAUAGAAGGUUGGACAAACUUAAUAAAUUAUAUCAUGUUUUAA